AGGUUCUUCUAGGUUUACAUUAUGUAUAAGUAUAAAGAAUGAGCACGGCUGAAACAUCGAUAGCAGCAUCAUAUGGAAACCAGUCGUCCGCAGGAUCGGGCCACCUGCUGGAAUAGAAAAGACUGCUAAAUCCAGGAAUAAUAUACUAUGAGCCACGCUCCUCCCGUUCCUCGACCACGCAUCGUUGAGACCGCUCAUGCUGCAAACCCUCGAUACUAUGACAUGCACCUCUUUCACUUCUCCCGCCGUCACGCUACAAUCGGCGCCGAGGCCGGCUCAUCGGAUUGUAGAGCGCAGCUCAACUCACCAGACAAUUCAUGAGGCCAUCAAAAAUUGCUCGCGAAUCAUCGAUCUGCUUUCUCCAAAAAGAAUACCUGAAUGCAAGGAAGAAACAAGACGGAACAAGUGUCGAUCAACGGGGAACCAGAACAAGGUCGGAUUCUGGGAUUAUGGUUUCCAGUACGUCCGCAAGACCGUCAACAGAAUCGGGCACGAGGUGAACUCGUUUCGAUGCCUGCGAUGAGGAAAAAUCCGGUUGCCAUGCUUUGGCGGAAAGGCCUUGCUGGAUAUCCACAAAGGUGGACUGGACUUGGGAUAUGUCCAACACCCCACAUACGGCCUGAAUUAUGGCAUUCUGGUCCAAGCCCCUUUCCCAUGAGAAUGUGAUAACGGUGUUCGCAGAAGUUUCAUCGUUAUCGUAUGGUGAGUGG